AUGAUGGCACAGUCAUCUUUGCCGGAGGGGUGCAACAUUACUGCGUUGUUGAAUCGUUCUCAAACUGUCACAGCUGGGUGGCGUUUCGGUGAUCCUGGAUUGCAAUCGUUGGAAUGGGACGAAAAGGACACCACAAUUCCAUGGUAUCCAUUACACCCGAGUGAUUUGCACUGUUCUAUUGGUGUAUAUGUGUAUGCCGGCCUAUAUGAUGCCUAUCAGGAGCAGUUCAGUUCGACGCAUAUAGUGUGUGAACUGUCCGAUAGCGAACCAUCGACCGCGGUGGAAAUAUUCAGCCAGAAUUGGCCUUACAAAAUGCAGUCACUAUUUCUCAAUGACAACUUGCAUACAGGAUGUUUCCGUACCUUUAUGUGCGAAUCAGUUACCGAGUGUGGUUUGAAAUGCAAGCGUGAACCCAGCUGUCGUGCAUUAUACUAUCAUAUGGAGACCGGUCAAUGCUGGUUGUCACUCUACGUGGACUCAUUAUUGCCGUCCAACAUGACAGGACUUAGUGGUAACUGGAUGCGAUACGGUCGACCCGAAUGGACUUGA